AUGGCGGCGAGGCUUGCCCUUGAGAGCGAUGGACGUUCGAUCUCCGAUCCGUCCGUUGCGACGCCCUGGCAUCGUAACCUUCUCGAAUCCGCGAGGACGUGGCCCUGGGGCCGAUGGGCCCUCCAGGGACUCGCCUCAGCGCUGAUUGCACUGGUUGUUGUCGCCAUCUAUGAUGCCGCUCGUGGCGGCAACAAGAACUCGGCCAUUUCACCGGACCGGUUGCCACGGCCCUUGACAGGAGUGAAUCUUGGGGGCUGGCUUUGCCUUGAGGAUUGGUUCUUCUCCGGUCCUUCGGGCCGUGAUGUUAUGUCGAUGACACCGGCUGGACAGGGUGCUUGUCUUCCUCCACUUGUCAGCCACCUCACAACAACCUGGCCAUCGGAGGGUUUGCUGACUCAGCGUUUGGUUGAGUCCAAGGGGCCCGAGUUUGCAUCAUCUGCAUUGCAGUCACACCGUCGCGAGUUCAUCAGCAACAGCGACCUCGAUGACAUUGCUGGGCUCGGCAUGCGUAGGGUGCGGUUGCCACUGACCUGGGCAGCCUUUGCAGACGCCCUUACACCAAUCGAUGCUGCUGUUUACGGUGGCCACAACGCCGACCAUGACACAGCCAUCGUGCCAGAUCCAUUCUACAACCACUUAGCCGCCUUCGCGACGGUGCCGCGAGCUUGGCUUGCAGACUUCUUUCGCCGCGCGGGUGAAAGGAAGCUCGGCAUCGUUCUGGACCUGCACGCCUUUCCAGGCGGCUCCUCGAAUGGCACCUACAACGGCAUUUGGCCCUCUCCGCCCGCUUUCUGGCAGCAGCAAUCAGCCAUAGGAAACCGCAGUGUGCUUCUCACCGAUGCCGGCAUCCUGAUCGUUGAGCGCAUGAUUUCCUGGCUUGAGAGUCUCGACAGCACUGCCCUGGAUGCCGUCACUGGCGUGUCGCUCAUGAACGAGCCUGCUCACAUGGCCGCCAUCGAUCGGAAGUCUGGAACGCCAUGGGUCACGGAGUCGCAGGUGCUGAGCUGGCUCACGGAGACCGCGGACCGCUUUCGAAAGUCCAAGCUUCCAGGAUUGGGCAAGAAACUCUACGUGCAGCUCAUCGAAACAGCCUUCGACGACUUUGACGGCACCGUUGUACCCUGGUUCAAGCGGACGUUUACGAAGGACGAGCGGCGCCGCUGGGUCGUGGCGGACCUGCACAACUACGUCGCUUGGUCAUACGGCUCUUGCGACGGCCGCCUUCUGGAAGGUGGCGGCUGGCUCUGCGACGCAUCCGAGGAGGAGCAGCGGAAGCGUCUCCGCUCCUGCGUGUCUCCUUGGGCAAAGUCCUUCCAGCAGCGCUUCGGCGAUGGCCUCAUGGCUGUUUCCGAGUUUUCCGUCGGCACGUAUUCUAUGGCCCGACUGGCCUGCGAUGAUCCUGCUGUGACGCGGCUAUUCCUGGACGAGCAGCUACUUGCCUUUGCGGGUCAGGGUAUUGAACCCUUCUUCUGGACCUGGCGCAUGCCGUAUGGGCCGGUGUUUGAAGGCGGAUGGAGCCUCAAGCAUUUUGCCAACCUCGAGCCCAGACCCAGCCAUCCGUGCGGCAUCUCGAUGGCCCAAGUCAUGCAAGUGUAG